UUCAUGAUCUUUCUGCGCAACAAAAAUUUCAAUCAGUCAUGGAACAAUCACCCAAUGAAAGAAAAUCAUCAUCAAACAUCAACAACAACAACAAUAACCUAACAAAACAACAACAACAACAAACACCGAAACGAACUCAUCGACAAAUGUUAAUCGAUGAUGAAACAUAUCAUCCAGUAACGGAAACAUUUAAUCAACCAGUAUGGAAUUAUUUUUUAAGAAGUUCCGAUAGAAUGUCAUCAAAAUGUAAAAUCUGUAAUUGUAUGAUUCGAACGAUUGGUGAUAAUACUCGUGGUUUACAAUUACAUUUAAUACAUAAACAUAAAAUGAUGGAUAUUCCUGCUACAACAUAUUCUUCUUCUGGAAAUAGUGAUUGUGUAAAAAAACGUACAAGAAGUUCUACUCGAAAAAAGCCACAACAACAACAACAAAAUGAACAAAAUGAAUUGAAUAGAUUUUUGGAAGAUUUUAGUAAAACAUUAGGAGAACAACAACAACAAACAAAUAGCGAAACAAAAAUUAUUCCACCACAACAACAACAACAACAGCAGAUACAAGAAUCGAAUGUUUCAACUAUGAUAAUACCAAAUUCAAUUACCAUUGUUAAUAAUAAUGAUCAUUUAUGGAUUCCAUCGAUUAACGAUUCAUACAAGAUGGAUCCAAUACCAUUAUCAAUGGAUUUGUUUCGUAAAGAAAAUCUUGCCAUAGUUUUGUAUGGACAAAAUGAUUUACGUUUAGAACAAUGGCCAUUACCGGAUAAACUUGGAAAUGAUGAAGUUUUAUUACGAUCACAUAGUACAGGAAUUUGUGGAACAGAUCUUCAUUUAUGGCGUCAUGCACAAGUUGCGGAUUUUCGUUUACAACGUCCAUUUUGUUUAGGACAUGAACCAUCUGCAGUGGUAAUGAAAUGUGGUAAUAAUGUUCAUCAUUUGAAACCGGGUGAUCGUGUUGCUGUUGAACCGGCUAUACCAUGUUUGAAAUGUGACCGUUGCCGAUCAGGACGUUAUAAUCUUUGCCCGAUAUCGAAUCUACAAUCACAUGGUUUACCAAAUUCGGAUGGUUCAUUACGACGUUAUUAUACACAUCGUGCUGAUUUUUGUUUCAAAUUGCCGGAUUCGAUCUCAUUGGAAGAAGGUGCUUUAAUCGAAGCUUUAGCUGUAGUAAUUCAUGCAUGUCGUCGUGUUAAAAUUCAACCAGGUGAUUCGGUUUUAGUUUGUGGUGCUGGUCCAGUUGGUGUUAUGGCAAUGUUAGCUGCAAAAGCAUUUGGUUCAAAUCGUGUUUGUGUAACCGAUAUUAAACAAAGCCGGCUGAAUUUGGCACAAAAAAUGGGUGCCGAUCAUUGUUAUUGGAUUGAUUUAUCACAAAAAGAAUUAAGCAGUGUUGAUCGUGCACAACAUAUUGUCCAAAUGAUGGGCCGUUCACCGGAUAUUACAUUAGAAUGUACAGGUGUUGGAUCAUCACAAUCGAUGGCUAUUCAUGCAACAAAACAUGGUGGUCGUAUUGCUAUUGUUGGUUUAGGUCAACCAUCCAACGGAAUUCCAUUGUCAACAAUGACAAUGAAAGAAAUUGAUUUGAUUGGUGUUUGCCGUAUCAAAGAUGAUUAUCCAUUGGCAAUUGAAUUGAUUGAAAGUGGUAAAAUUAAUGUUAAACCAUUGAUUACACAAUGUUUUCCGAUUGAACAAGCAUUGGAUGCUUUCAAUUUACUUGGUACACCAUCCGAUGAUGAACAUCAAAAUGUUGUUAAAGUAUUGAUACAAUACAAUGAUGAUGAUGAUUGAUUGAUUGAAUCAAGGAAAAUUUUUUUUCUCGAAAAACAAAAAACUUUUGGUUGUGUCUUGUUGUUGUUUGCCUGAAAAAAACCAGUAUUAUUU